CCAUUUCUUCCCAUAACCGGCCCUGAUCCUGUUUUUCAAAGGGGCAAGGAUACUCCUAUCUACGACUGAUAACACUCCAGAUCCGGUUCAACGUCGCCGUAAUUUGCGCCGCCCAAAUUUACAUCAUACGAAAUGGUAUACCAUUCCAGUUUUGUUGAUGAGGAGGGUGUAACCAAAGCCUGUGGCUGUCCUCUUCUCCCACUAAAAACUCACAUCAAGGGUCCUGCUCCAGUCUCUGAUCAAGACAAGAUCGAUAUUGUUGAUGAAUCAAUCUCCUUCUUUCGAGCCAAUGUCUUCUUCAGAAACUUUGACAUUAGAAGCUCUGCAGAUAAGCUACUCAUAUACCUUACAUUUUACAUUAAUUUGGCCUUGAAAAGACUUGAAGGCUGCAGAACAUUGGCUAUAGGAACCAAAGCAAUCAUUAGCCUGGGCCUUGAAAAUGUUCCAGUACCUGGAGAGCAAGGCUUUCCUUUUCCUGGGCUCUUUACCUUCCCACAAUCACCACAAGAAGCAGAGCUCUUCAGGAAUUAUCUAAAGCAGAUAAGGGAGGAGACAAGUGGUAGGCUACUUAGCUGCGCUUACAGGUCUAAUGGUACUCCUAACAAAUGGUGGCUAGCUUUUGCAAAAAGAAAGUUUGUGAACAUUAUUGUUACUUGAGGAGGUUAGUUUUUUUUUUUCAUUUCCAUUUCCAUUUCAUAGCUUAAAAACUAGCAAAUAUGAGGUUGGACUCUGGAUUCAUUUUCUUGUUCUCACAUUUGGUUUAACUUGUUUUGGUUAAUUAUGAUGAUUUUAACUCUGUUGUUACCACU